AAAUAUCUGGCGAACUUCCGCAGUGUCCAUUCUGUCAUUAGUAGUGCACGUGCGAAGAUGCGUCUCGUCGUUGUUGGAAUAGUUCUAGUUACUUGUCUCCUCGGGAGCGGGUCGUGUGUGGAGGACUGUGACUAUCCUACUGAAAACAUUAUUAGAGAUGUAAUAUCUCAAGGUUUCACGAUUGGAGAGGGUGCCGUCGCCCCUACCAUCGACUUGAACAGAUACAGUAUUGUGUGCCUGGCCUACAGUCGGCAAAGAGAUCGCUAUAGAGCUUUCUCUGUUAUCGUUGAGUACACUUGUGAGGUAAAUGCGGGAUGUCCCGAGGGUAUGGUAGUAGAGCAGUUUGAAGCCGAGUGUGCCGAAAAUACUUGGGGCAUUCAAGUUCUUGGUGUCACGGGAACUCCUCGGACAUCUCCUGCCACUGGUGAUUUCUCAACUGGUCUCAGAGAAGACUGUUCUUUCUGUGCGUCUCAAGUAGUCGCUAGUGCCCCUGGAGGCGCUCCUGAUCCGUCCGGCGACGGGUCGCAUUGCAUUGAAUGUAACGCUCUAUGCAGUGGUGAAGAAGCUGGAGCUAGAAGAUGCUUUGGCUUUGGUUCUGACUCCUGCUGUCAGGUUUAUCUACCUAAUGGCACAUGUGGCGAGGCCUGUCCGGAAGACGGUGUUUAUUCCAUCAGCGAUGACUUUAACUGCUUGAGAGACUGUCCUGAUAGCCUUGGCACAGUUGGGAAUGGAAGAGUGGAGUAUUCUCAGGAUGCUACAGGAGAAGGCUUCUCGUCGGGAACUACAGCUACUGUUGCAUGCAAUGAUACGUAUGAGACAGAUGGGUAUGGCGCUAUCUGCAGCAACGCUGGCACAUGGAACUCCACCCUACCAAACUGCACCGUGAUUGAGUGUGGUGAAGUCCCAACUUUAGUGAACGGGAAAGUUUCAGGAGUACCAGCCACCACGGAGGUUGGAGCAGUAGCCACAUACGAGUGUGACACUGACUACAGAUUCAAAGACGAAAGGAACACUAGGACUUGCCAAAGUGAUAAGACCUGGUCAAACGAAGAUCUUGAAUGCAUCAAACCUGAUCCAGUGUGUCCAGAGGGGUGCAACGAUUGCACCGAGGUGGACGGAAAGGUCUCCUGCACUACAUGUGAGGACUCACUCGAACUGAAUGCCGACGAUAACUCUUGCAGAAAAAAAUCAACUGGCAGUGGUGGCGGCAACGGUCCGUGUGGAAAAGACAACAUCAUCUGUAUCAUAAUCCCAAUAGCAAUCCUGUUGGCCAUCAUUCUGGCAGUAGCCGUGGCAGCCGCUGUCUAUGCCUACUACAGAUGGAAGCAGGCACCAGCCACAAAACUGAAGGGAAAGGAUCCUGAAGGAAUCAACGGAGUUGCUCGGGACAACCCACUCUAUUUAGACCCCACCACAGUCGCAGAAGAGGUGGAGGGGUAGAAGACAGAGCAUCAGACAAACACCUCUUCCCACUGUAUUCUUUUCUCUCUGUACCCCUUCACCUCCCUACCUCCACCUCUUUGUAUGUCCCACCAAUUCAGUGUGUCAGUUAUACUAUAAUAUUGCAUGCAUCACUGUAAAUAUAUAGUUGUAUUUGAGACCUGUUUUCAAUUCACUACUCAGCAGCCUUUGUUUGUUAUUGUAUAUACAAUUUGCACUACUCUCGGUUUUUUAUAUUAUUUACUUGUUGAAAUGACUGUGUGUGCAAUAUACAUGACUCUCCUGUAGCACAUAUUGUGAGAAUAUAUACUGUUCAUUUUGUAUAUUAUCUGAAGAUUUUCGUAGCAUUGUAUACGUUCUAGACUUCCGUUUUUGCAGUCAUAAUAAUUAUAAUUAUACAUAA